CGGGGCCCUCACAGCGCCCCCCCCGGCCGCCCGGUCCGGUCCGGCCCGGCCGCCUGCCCGGGCCCUUGGGAGCCGGCUGCCCUGCAAACCACCUCCAAAAUAACACCCCCCCCUCCAGCCUUGUCAAGUCCAGCUCCCACCAGAAGUGAUGAGGCUGAUGGGGGGGGAAUAAUAACCAUCGCAUUAUUAUUAGUAGUAGUAGUAUUAGUGUUAUCAUUAUUAUGACCAGAGUGAGGCCUGUUGGGAUGUGAGCGGGGAUGGGGAGCAGUCGCUGAAGAGGAAACACGGGAGAGAAAACCUCCCUCUCCUCCCAGCGCAUUAUAUAAGGAGAAGGCUGAGCUAUUUUUAUUUCUGUUUACCCUACGCAGGGCAAUGGGGACUCUUGCAGGCAGCAAGUUUUCGGGGGGGGGGAGCCACUCUUUGGCCCCCCCUGGGUGAGGCUGGACUCCGGAUAUAAUCAGUAAAAAAAAAAUGAAAAAAUGAAAAAGAGAAGCCUUCUGAUGAACGCCUGGGUUAGAAAUGCAGUGUAAAAAAACCACUGUCCCUUCCGCCUGCCCUUUAUGAGCAAAUAAGAAAUGCGGGAGGCAGAUGACCUUAGUUCUCCAAAGCCUUUUUAUAUUUGGUGGCAUGAAGACAUCCGUAUGUCGUCAUGCAGGUUCUCCUUAAAACGUAAGGAUCCCUGCUAUCUAUUUUAUGCAGCAGGGGUAGGCUGCAUGUCAGACAUGGUCUGGCAUAGCCGGUUACUUUGAUUAUAUAUUAGGUAAGUCGAGGGCUUUUCAUUUCAGUUUCCAACCCAGACCUUUAGCUACUGCAAAAUUCAGAUAGCAUGUUAAUGUAGUUAUGUUGCUUUGGAUGGUGAAGACAGUUCAGUUUUAUAACCUGGAAAAAGGAUUAUGAAUGAGGGGGAGAAAAUUGAGGGUGAGAGAAAAAAAAUAUGCCGUAGCUUUUUUUUUUUUUUGGUGAGAUGCAGCAAGGUGUCUUCUUAGAACAGCUUACAAUUUUGUCUCAUUGUCUCCAAACAUACAUGCAUAUAUAAAAAAUAAAAAUAAAAAAAUGGUCCAAUAUUUUACAGGCAGCAAUUCUUAGAAAAGGCUGGCUUUAUUAUCGCCGUUUAUGUAAGGCAAAGGUUGAUAGGUUUUCUUCAACUCUUGCCUGUCUAUCUCUCUGUCAUCAUGUAGAUACAUGUCAGUGGUGUAGGUUUUCAGUGCACUUACUCUAGCCCUGAUCAGUCAUGUAAUUAGAUCAGGCUGCCAUGGUAACAGACAGUAUUCAUCGUCCAUUCAGGUGUGUUUGUCUUGUGACUAGGCUACCUCAAGCGGUAUAUGUACUGUAUUUAUGUUGUGCAGCCUGCAUAGCUGACUGCUCUGUCUUCUUGCAGAAUGUUUCAGCAUAUUGUAAUCAUUUCCUGACCACUGAGUAUGUGAAAGAUGCUCCUCGAGUGCUACAGCAUCAGGCAGUUUUUACAUUUGUGCACGUCACAUUGCAAGCCAACUCAGAUGGGCAAACAAUACAAGCUGUGAAUUUCUUUUUGACCCCCACUGGACAGUGACCCAUCAUUAUUUUCAUUUUCACUGAAGAGAAAUGCGUUGUAAAUAAGAUCCUGGAGAACAGUGCAAGAGUUUUAAUGCAAGACAUCAGAAAAAAACUCUGCAACAUCUCAUGUGAGGAGAAGAAAGGAGACUUAUGAUUGCGUCUUGAAACACUCAUGAUUUGAGGUAUUUCCUACUUUAUUUGAAAGAAAAGAGGCACUGUCAACCCGCAAGUGACUUCACAGCUUCUGAAAAAUCUUCAUGGUAAAGGAUAAUCUGGGACUCCCUGUUGAAGAGCAUAGUGAAUGUUAAUCCAGAGCAGCUGUUGGAAGAUUGUGCUCACAAGGAGAUGAUUCCUCAUGAAGUCACUGGAUCCCCUUCAGAAAUCAAAUGUGACUUUCCAUUUAUCAGACUGAAAUCUGAACCAGCCAGACAGUGAAGCAAGAGCAGUGGAGGGGGGACGGCGAAAGAUGAAAUCCAACCAAGAAAGGAGCAAUGAAUGCCUGCCGCCCAAAAAGCGAGAAAUCCCUGCCACCAGCCUGCCUUCCGAGGUGAAGCCAUUAGUCCUGCCAAACGAGAACCACCGUGCAGAUAACUUAACAUGGCUCUCCAGCACGUCCAGCAGCCAAAGCAGCAUGGGUGGAAGGCACAGACCUGGAGGGACUUCGGUGGAGAUUGGUUUACAGCAAGGCUUACACAAAUCACUGUCCACAGGAAUGGACUAUUCCCCACCCAGUGCUCCCAGGUCUGUUCCAGCCACAACAACACUUCCCACAGUGUAUUCACCCGCACUGUCACAAUCAGGGACGCCUGUCUCCCCUGUGCAGUACACGCAUCUGCAACCCACUUUCCAGUUUGUUGGGCCCCCGUACAGUGGACCAUAUGCCGGGUUCAUCCCCUCCCAGCUGAUUUCCCCGACAGCCAAUUCCGGGACUGGCGCAGCAGCCUCUGCCACUGCUGUUGCAACCACUCCAUCCCAGCGCUCUCAGCUGGAGGCUUAUUCCACUUUGCUGGCCAGCAUGAGUAGCUUGGGCCAGCAGGGGCACAAAGUUGAGCAGCAUCUCGUCAGGACACCGGGGUUGAUUUCAGCAGGGUCUCCGCCUCCUACCCAACAAAACCAGUACGUCCACAUUUCCGGCUCUCCCCAGAGCGCGGUCCGAAACAUCUCUCCUCCGACCAUCCCAGUCCAUAUGCAUCCCCACCAAACAGUGAUUCCACCCACACUCACCCUUGGGCCCUCCUCCCAAGUGGUGGUGCAGUACACAGACUCUGGGGGCCACUUUGUCACCAGGGAUCCCAUCAAGAAGGCAGAGAGCAGCCGGCUGCAAGCAAUGCAGGCCAAGGAAAUUCUGAAUGGAGAGCUAGAGAAAAGCAGGCGGUAUGGCCUCUCGCCCUCUGCAGACAUGGGUCUAGUCAAAGCAGGCAAUAAACCAGCUCCUCACCAUUAUGAGACCAGGCACGUGGUGGUUCACCCGAGUCCUGCCGAAUACAGCACACGAGAUUCCUCCGGUGUCCGGGCCUCUGUGAUGGUAGUACCGAACAGCAGCACACCUACCGCAGAUAUGGAGGUCCAGCAGGCCACCCACAGAGAAACCUCUCCCUCAACCCUCAACGACAAGGGAAACUUGCAUUUAGGAAAGCCAGCCCACAGGUCCUAUGCUUUAUCUCCACAACAGACUAUGGGCCAUGAGGGGGUGAAAACAAUUGCCACCUUGUCCCCUCAUACUGUCAUUCAGACCACCCACAGCGCCUCUGAGCAAGUCCCUGUCGGACUGCCUGCCACAGCCUUCUACACCGGGACCCAGCCGCCAGUAAUUGGCUAUCUGAGUGGUCAGCAGCAAGCGAUUGGUUACCCUGGAAACCUGCCACAGCAUCUGGUGAUCCCUGGCACCCAGCCCCUGCUUAUACCAGUCGGCAAUGCAGAUGUGGAAUCAUCAGGAGUAGCACCUGCUAUAGUCACUUCAUCUCCCCAGUUCGCAGCAGUGCCUCAUACAUUUGUCACUACCGCCAUUCCUAAGAAUGAGAAUUACAGUGUCGAGUCGCUCGCAACCCAGCCAGCCUACCAGGCAGCUGUGGUGCAGGCCCAGAUCCACCUUCCCGUGGUGCAGUCUGUUGCUUCUCCGACAGCAGCUCCUCCGACACUGCCCCCUUACUUCAUGAAAGGGUCGAUCAUUCAGUUGGCUAAUGGGGAGCUGAAGAAGGUAGAGGACUUAAAAACAGAAGACUUUAUUCAGAGCGCAGAAAUCAGCAGUGACCUGAAAAUAGACUCCAGCACUGUGGAGAGGAUUGAAGACAGCCAUAACCCAGGCAUUGCUGUGAUACAGUUUGCUGUUGGAGAGCAUCGAGCACAGGUCAGCGUGGAAGUCUUGGUAGAAUACCCUUUUUUUGUAUUUGGACAAGGCUGGUCCUCCUGCUGCCCUGAGAGAACCAGCCAGCUCUUCGAUUUGCCAUGUUCCAAACUCUCCGUUGGGGAUGUCUGCAUAUCGCUCACUCUCAAGAAUCUGAAGAACGGCUCGAUUAAAAAGGGCCAGCCCAUGGAUUCAGCUAGUAUCUUGCUGAAGCACUCAAAGAAUGACAGUCUAGCUGGAAGUAGACACAGGUAUGCGGAGCAGGAAAACGGGAUUAAUCAGGGAAGUGCACAGAUGUUAGCUGAGAAUGGUGAACUGAAGUUUCCGGACAAAAUAGGAUUGCCUGCAGCACCUUUGCUCACCAAAACAGAACCCAGCAAGCCCACAGUGACGAGGAAGAGGAGGUGGUCGGCCCCCGAAACACGGAAACUAGAGAAAUCAGAAGAGGAACCACCAUUGACUCUUCCCAAGCCUUCUUUUAUUCCUCAGGAGGUUAAGAUUUGCAUUGAAGGUCGAUCUAAUGUAGGAAAGUAAAGGCUGUUUGGGGAAAGGAAAUUAGGCUAUCCCUUGUCAUUUUUAUCCAGAUUACUGUACUGUAGACUAAAUAACCCAGUAUUUACAUGUUAUCAUCUUAUUUUAGGUUUAUGUUAUAACCUUGUUGUUAUAGUUGCAGCUGGUAUUAUGCAGGAGAGUGGUGCAUAUGUUUUUUCCACAAGUGUUUGUCAGUGACUAGGUUUUAUCAAGAGCUGCGGAAGGGGCAGUAUCUGCUUCGCACACCCUUAGUGGAAAUGAAUGUGUUGUCAUGGCUCCUGAUUUCUAACACCUAGUGUAGACCAGGCUCCAGCUGGUCAGGUUUUUCUUUUUCUUUUCUUUUCUUUUUUUGUGAGGUGACAAGAAGGGAGCUGUAGCAGAGACUAAGACCCCUGCAGGCGUACCAUGCCUUCCCAUCCCAGGAGGGGAUUGGAGCUCUGUGGCAGGGUCAUUAGGAGAUUCCCUCACCUAAGGCAAGUGCUGAGAACAGAUUAACAAAUAGGAUCGGGCAGUUUUUCACACAUUACACAAUAAAACCAACCUGUACGCACGACUCUAUAGUAUACAGUAUAUAUAAUGUGUGUGUUUGUAUACACACACACACACACACACACAUACAUACAUACAUACAUACAUACAUAUAUAUAUUAUAUAUAUAUAGAUCUCUAUAUAUAUAGAUAUAGAUCUCUCUCUCUAUAUAUAGAUAUACAUAUCUAUAUAUAGAGAGAGAGAGUGAUAUCUAUAUACAUACAUACAUACAUAUAUAUAGAUCUCUCUAUAUAGAUAUACAUAUCCAUAUAUAGAGAGACAGAGAGAGCGAUAUCUAUAUAUAUAUAUAUAUAUACACACACACUAUAGAGCUUUGAGCACAGGGAUACACACACACAUGCACACACGCACACACACACAUGCAAGCACACACCCCAUGGGGUCUGACUGCACUGAUUUGUAUUCAUGGAGCGACUGCCACGCAGACAUUUCUUUCCCACUUGCUAGUGCAGAACAGAACAUCUGGCAAGUUUCUAUCUUUGAAUUUUCUCGCCUGGAAGAUUUACUUCAUGGGGUAGCAGGGGAUUGUGGGAAGCCAAAAAUUCUGAGAGUCUCCUGACUAGCUCUCCCUCCUGUGUCUGAGCAGUGUUAGACAAACCGACUGGGUUAUGACAUUGACAUUUGCUUCCACAAGGUAGAUGCAUACUGCCCCUUUGAGAUCACAGACAUAAACUGUUUGCAUUUAGGUUGCAAAUCUUUGUCUUUAACUCUAGUACUGUUUUUAGUUCAUGACUAUGGACAACUGGUGCCACUUUUUUCAAAUUUCAGUGUGACACAAGGAACGUGAUGUUGAAGAUGAACAUAGAAUGUCUUUAAGCACUUAAAAUGCUGUUCACACUUUAUUGCUGAGCAUCCUGGUCUAACACUCAAUAAGUACUGUAUCUCUCACUUUAAUCUAUUUGGAAAAAAAACAAACAAAUCUCUUCAACACUGUAACUACAUACGACUAUGUAGAGUUUUCUCACAAGCAAGAUGUUGAAAGUUUUAAUGUGGUUUCAAAGGGAUGAAUGUGAAUUAUUGAACUAGUAUGUGACAGUCAUUGUCCACAAAGGACUACUUAAUAGGAGGCACUUUUUAAACUUUAAUGCUUGAGAAAGAGUUAAAGGCAUAUGUGAGCUGACAGAUAAUAAAAGAAUAAGAGAAAGGAAAAAGGAAAGAGGAAAAAAAAAUAAUUAUUGUCCAGUGUUUUUGAAAAAGAUGGACUUUAAGGAAUCUUGCAAUUUGCACAUCUUGAGUUUAUCAUUUGUGUGGUAUUCCUGCAGUUUUUAACCUAAUAAUGUUGUGGGGAUGGGAGGGGCUGACAGAGCAUAAACAAAUGUAGCAAUUACUUACUAACCUGCCUAAGCCCUAGGCCAUCAUAUAAGGUUAUGUUCCUUUCAGAGUUCAUUUUCAGUCUUUCUACCAUAUCUGCCACACAGAAUCAGGUCCUAGCAGGACAACUCUGAGAAUUUUUCUUCAGCUUCAUCGAGAGAGUUUUCCACAAGAGACAUUUCUAUACAUGAGCAAGGUUUUGUUUUGUUUUUUUUAAAUAACCAUUAUUAUUUUAUUAUUAUUGUUAUUUGUUAUUUUUAAUGACAUUUUCCAUUUGAAAUACAAUCUAGAUUUCAGAGUUUGGUACAAAACGGGAAGGGAGGAUUCACACAUAAAAGUCUUUUUUGUUCCCAGAAAUCUGAAACGAAGAUAGGACAGGAGGCUCAGAGGUGCAGUGCACCCUGGGCUCCUGUUAAAGGCAAUGGGCAGUGCAUGUAUUAAGUACUUCAGGUCUGAGAUGAAGUCCACUACAGUGCAUGGAAAGACCUGCAUCAGUUCCAGUGGGCUGGAAAUUAGGCCUUCCAUGAUUAAGCCUUUACAUUAUUCUCACUUUUGUCAAGUUUUGUUGUCAAGUUUGCAUCCUUCCAGUACUUUUUAAGAAGCUGUGCUAAUAGGGAGAAAAAAUAUAGAGGUUCCUAAUUUGAAACACAGUUCCUAAAAUGAACAUUUUUUUUUUUUUUAAAUCUCGCUUUCAGGCUCCCUUGGAAUACAGUACUUCAACUCCUUUGUCCAAGAAUCUGAAAAAUCCCCAGUUUUUGGCUCUUAUUUGUUACUUGAAAUUUAAUACACACCAGAACUAAUUGUUUGAAUACCAUUUUCUGGGGUGCACCAAAAACAUUUAAGUAAGUUUAAGAUAGCUUGAAACUUUUAUUGAAGUUCCUUGAAUUUUAUUAACCUCUCAGCAAGCUACCAAAUAGCUGAGCAGGUUCGUUCUCACAGUCAUACUGCUUACUUAGCGCUUAGUUUUCAACAUUUCUGCUCAGAGAACUUGCUUAAUCUUCCAUAUACUCUGCUCAGGGCACUUGCAAUGUAUUGUUUUGUUUUGUGUUCUCUUUUAACCUUUGAAGGUAAGAGAAAUUGAAAGAUGUGGGGCAGAAUUAUCGAACUGAGUUCACCUUUGUACCACUAUCUUCAUAAUACACCACAUUCUCAGAAAAUCAGAAAUAAAACCACACACACCUUUUUGGCUAUUAAGGAAGCAGGGACUAUUAAACUGACGAAAUCUAUUCAACUAACACUAAAAUUAAAAAAAAAAAGUUUGGAGCAAUAGGAAUGUAUUAGUUCUGUGCUUGUAUUUCAGACUUAGGAAUUCUGAAAUGACUGGGUCCUUCCAAAUAGUUGUCCCCUUUUCAUGCUUUUUGCUUUUCUAGGAUGUGCAAUACUUUAUGUGCCAACUUAGACUCACCUGUGCGGUGGUAGCUAGAUAGAUCUCAGAUCCACUUCUGCUCUCACCUGUUCUGUUCUCCUUCAUUGUUUUCUUUAUUUUUCCUCCUCCACUCCCCAAAAAACAAUUAUUUGGGGCCUUAUGCCUCCUUUGUCCCAGGGAACAGAAUCCUUAUUGUCAUCCACAGGUGUGGUAAACACAGACUGAGGGCCUUGUAUGGCACCGAUUCACUCAAAUGUAUGUUCCUGGGCUCCACAAUUUGAAAUAUUCAGAAAAAGGCUUAAUAGAUGUCUCCCCCCACUCCACUAUAGCCGUUUUUAAGGGGUGGGGAGAGGGAGUGUGUACAUGUGAGGGGCAUGUAACUCCAGCAGCUCUGUCCUGAGCAAACAAUGCAGUCUCUUACAUGAACGAAAGCAGCCUUUGACAGCAUUGCCAGUGUUGUGUUCUCUUCAGUCUGUGCCUGUGAUGGUUACUUCACAAAUGCAUGCCUAGUUAUGCAUUCACUGUCCUUGCACAUGGAGCUGAGGUGCUAUGGGGGAGGGAUGGGGAGGGUAAAAGUUUUUUACACGUAGAAACCCUGCACAAAGUCUAUGCAGCACUUAGGUCGCUAGCUGAUGCAGAAACCAGAUACUGGCUCCCAGUGCAGGGCUGAACUCCCCCCUGAUCAGUGGGUACCGUAAAGGAGAGGUGGUUUCAAUCAGUAGAGCUGGUGAACCUAGGGGCAUGAGAGAGUGUUGUCUGUUGCAGUAAACAGUCGGUUUAAGACCCAGCCCCACGAUGCCUUACUGACGUGAGUAAAUCCUUACUCCAGCAAGUUGCCCUGUUGACUGCUCAUUUGAGUCAAUCUCACAACAUCUGGCAUGCAGUGAGUGCGUCUACAUGUUAAUUAACGCGCCUUAGUUAUUGCACAUUAAGUUUAGUACUUGGUUAACCAAAAACUAAAUCAACAUGCAAUAACUCAAGCUAUUGCGCAGUAGUGCCGAUGCACAGGUUUUUAGCGACACUUAUUGCGCAGUAGCCUAAUACUACUGCUCAGUCAUGUAUUAGCACAGGUUAUCCCCAGCACGCUACUGCUCAGUGUUAUUCGGCUACGGCACAGUUAGCAUCUCACAUAGACGCGCCCAGUGAAUUAACAAUUGCAGGCACAGACCUACUGAGGUGAAUCCAGUGUAAGAGGAUUAGCCAUGUGCCUCUGUAUAGCGUCCACUUUGCAAUAUUAACUGACAACCAUUUUCUUUAUAUUUUUUGUCUCUUAUUUUUUGUACCAGACCUGUUUAGUUUACAACAAAAUGCAUACAAUCACCAAGAAAUUAGUCAGGGCAAAGAGAAAAAAAAACAAGAACCUCUUUAUAGGGAUUUCUAAAAAUAUAUAUAUCUAUAUCUAUAUAUAUAAAACGACUGUUCCUUAUAGUGUUUAACUUAGGCAUCAUUUCAGUUUGUCUGGGCCACAUCAAGGGGAAUGUGGAGUUUGAUGUCACUUACCUCAAGUCCUUUUGUUGCAUCCCAAAUUGGAUUAAUGUUUAAACUAUUUUAUGAUUUUGUACAUUGUUGGGGUUUUUUUCUUUUAAAAUGUGUGUUUUGUCUUGGGGUUUUUAUUUCCAUUUUUAACCCUCUCGUCUCUGUUAAACCUAUCAUCGUGUCAUUUUCUCAGCACCUGGAAGUGACAUCACUACUCUUCUUUUCCUAAGUCAAGGAACAUUUAGAAACCUUUCACACCUUUUACUCAGGGAUGGGGCUGGCGUGUGUGUGGUACACUGAUGUGACCAGAAGCAGCACUUUUACUGCUCUGGAGUAGGGAUGUACAAUUUCAAGGACAAGUUUGGAUUUCCUGCAUCUUGUGAAUUAACUUCUUAGGUAUCACAUAGAUUGCAAUACAAAGCACCAGAUUCAAUGUGAACCGUAACUUGUUGAUUAUCAUGAAAUUCAUUCUUUGCACAGGGAUAUAUUUUUUUUAACAAAAGCAUGUUGCCAAUAUUAAAAAGGAAAAGGAAAAAAUGAAAUCCUGCUAAUGCUUAGUUUCUAAAAUAGAAGCGAAAUACCUGUUUCAAGGAGAACAAAUCUAAUAUAGCUUAAAAACACCACAUUUGUUAUUUUUAAAAGGUGGUGUUCUUUCAGAUCUGGAUUCCUAGUAGAAUAUGCCAUGCACACUGCGACCCCAGUUCUGCAAAUGCCAUAUGCACAGGCAUAGCUAGGCUUCUGAGCAGGUCCACUGAAGGCACUGGUGGCCCCUCAGAAACUUAACAGUGUUAACUAUAUGUAAAAGAUACUUGCAGAAAUGAGGUCUGUAUCAUUUAGUGCCAGAUUCUGAUCUUAGCUAUACAGCUAUAAACUGAAAGUUCCUACUGAUUAUAGUAGUAACUCCAGAUCUACUGGGUGGAACUGGAUUCUUGUCAUAUAUAUUAUCAGGUGAACUCAAACACGGCAAAAUGUGGCUUGCACUCUUCUAAAGUAAUUUCCACUCACCUUCCCUCACCUCAUCAUAAGAGUCAGCAUCAGACAUUAGUGAAGUCCAGCCUGCUGGCUUAUCCAGCGGUCUGGGAAAUGUAAUGGGAAGUGGGUAUUUAGCAGAGUGCAGUCAGUGGUUUUCUUUCUGUGUUUUUUUUUUUACCCAAAGUCUUAAAAUAGGGAAAUUGUCAACACACACACAAACACACCCCAAAAGUGUGAGCAUGUGUAUAUAUAUAUGUAUGCGUGUAAAUAAGUUUUAAAAGCACAUGAUUAUUAUGUCUAGUUGAUUUUUUUGAGGACAGUGUUGCGUUUUCUGUUGAUAGGGAAAUUCCAAACAAGUUGUACACCUCUACUCCAGAGUUCAAUUUCUUUUACAUAGACGACCUCGCUUCAGAUGUGUUACCUUACUGAUAGGAUCUUUUCUUGUAGCACUAUACCUUGUGGGAAUAUUUUUUUGAUGUAAACCUAAUUUGAGAAGCUUAAAAAAACUUUUUUGAAGCACUCACAUUGAGGAGUACAGGUAAUGUUUUAAAAAUUGCACAAAAGAAAAAUGAAUGUUGGAAUGAUUCAUUCAGUGUUUGAAAAAGAGAUGGCUCUGUUGAAACAGUGAGUUUCAUACCUUGUUUGUAAAAAAAAAUAAUAAUUUAAAAAAAAUACAAAAGAGAAAGGUUGAAAGUUACGUGUUUUUUGUAUAUAGAAACUGUCACGUCUAGAUGAUCUGAUUUGUAUUGGCUCUGGCCAGGAAGAAUUAUCACUUAAAAGGCUCUUAAAGAACAACUGUGCUUAAUUUUCUGUUCAUGUGACAUGGGUCCCACUUCUGGGGAAGGGGGUAAUGUUUCACACUGGUUGUCCCUGUGCUGAAAAUAUAUUUUAGAGCACCCUGCUUAAUUUAGAUUCUGAAGCCAUUGUCAUUUCUUUGCUCCCUCUGGGAUGAUGCUCUACACUUGCAGCACUUCCUGUUCCAAAAGAACCCAAAGAAUCUAAUCCUGAACAAGAAGUGUUCAUAACAAGGGAUCCUAGCCUACCAAGAAAUAAACUGUACCAUCUAAUGCGGCAUGGCCUCUUGUAACACCUCUACGCACCUCAUUUCAAUGGAGCAGGUUAAAGACAUGAAUUUUAGUUGUUCCAGCCAUGGCCUCAUUUGAUUUAGAGAUCAAUAUUAUUAACAAGCCAAAAGGAAAGAAUCCAGGAGCAGUUUCUGAGGAAAGGAGCCUUCCCUUGUCCAAAGAAUGACUUGGACAGCUGGAAGCCUAAACACAGCAGGGGAAACACAGUGUAGAGGUUCCGAAUCCUUGUAUCGCUCCCCGUGCAGCCAAUCCAAGGUAACCCAAGGUUCAGAUCUGAAACUCCUGUGGAGGGAGAGGGAAAGGGGGGUGGGAAUAAUCACCAUGCUAAAAUGACCCAACGCUCGGAGAAAUGGCCCCAAUUGUCCAGUUGUCUGGAAAUGAAGUGAAUUCAGCCAAGAGGUAGUAUUUCCACAAUAACAGUCUCUCAGAUUUCUGUAGCUUUUUCUCGUCAUCAUCUGAAAGGACUCAAGUCUUCCAUGGAGAAUUGAUUGGAGGCUUCAUCUAAGAUUGUGGGGUUUAUUUUGGUUUAGUUUUUGUUUGUUCAUUCAUUCGUUUCUAUUUUGAGUGGUCAAAGCUCCUCCUGUGCCCUUUCCCUUGACCAUGCAGUAGGCGUGCAUUGGAAGUGUUGUCCGCACUCAUCUUUAGUGACUCCUGGAAGCUGUUAUUGCUGUACUACUUGGUGGUUGACAAGCUAAAACAUUAAGGGCCACAUCUUCAAUGGAUAUAAAGCAGGUGUGGGUCCAUUGGUUUGGAAGCUAUUGCAGCUAUGCCAGUGUGCACUGUGUGAAGGCCUGGCCUUAAGCAUUUGCUCUAAAGGACCUAGUGAUUUUGCUUAUGUAUCUACACAUGCAACUCCCUUGGAAGUCAGCAGGCAAUGAACUCUUAAGUAAGGAAAGACAAAAAUGGGCCCAGAAUGGCUGCAAGUGGCUGAAUUCAUGUCUUCUAUUUGGCCUUUAGACUGGCUACCUAGCAAAGCUACUAAUCUCUUAGAGCACAGGUAUAGCUUUUCACAGACAGUCAGCUCAUGCUGAAACUCACUAAUGUAUGUAUUUUUGCUUUGUCUUUUUUAUUUUUAAAUAAUAUAUUAACGUUGUGAACACUGUUUUCUCUGCAGUGUUUAAAUAAAGGGGAUUUCCCAACCUCUUCAGUUCACGUGAUCUACUGAAAAUAAUUUUGUACUAGCUAUGUCACAGGUCUUGACAGCCAGCCACCUCGGACUGGCAAGCUCGCAAAGGCCCUCAAGGAGAGUCCUCUCAGAGGUAGGCUUAAGCCAUUCUCCAUUUAAGAGUCUUCAAGGUUUUCAAUGUUCGGUGUUUCUACCGAGGGGUGCUGCAAAUCACACUUCCAGUGUUGUGCCUAGUGUAGGCUGAGUAAAAGGGAUAAUGCAGCUUUGUGUUGGUGAGAAAUUGAGAUGACAUGGCCAGUACAAACAAGAGCUAGGGAGGGAAUGUUUUGCACCUUAUUGAAAAGAGGAGAAAGUUUUAAGUGCAUACAGACAUAGUUAAGAGCUUUUAUUGUGACAGGAGAACUUUUUUCCAUAUGCGUGCAUACUCUCUGUAAUUCCAGUGUAAAAUAUUGUACUUGCACUAGCUUUUUUAAAACAAAUAUUAAAAAAAUGGAAGAAUUCAUAUUCUAUUUUCUAAUGGUGGUGUGUCUAUUUGUAGGAUACACUCGCGUCUGUUUAUUGAAUUUUAUGGUCCCUUUCUUUGAUGGUGCUUGCAGGUUUUCUAGGUAGAAAUUAUUUCAUUAUUAUAAUAAAACAAUGUUUGAUUCAAAAUUUGAACAAAAUUGUUUUAAAGAAAUUGUCUGUAUACCAGUACAAGUUUAUUGUUUCAGUAUACUCGUACUAAUAAAAUAACAGUGCCAAUUGCAAA